AUUAAAGCUAGAGCGUAAUUAAAACAAAAAUUUGUUCAAAUUAAAUACUAAUAAUUAAAUAAUACUUUGUUGCACUGCGGCAAUGCAAAUAACAAUGCUGACGUCGGUUCUGCGAAUUGAUGACGUCGCGGUGCCUUAAAGGCGAAUACGUUGACAAAACGGAAAGCAAAACGAAAAAUAAACAACAACAACAAGGUCGUAAAUACAGAGGCAAGAGCAAAUAUAGUUUAUUUUUUGGCACAAUUUGUUUAAUAUAUUGCGUCUGUGUGUGCGUGUGUGUUUGUGUGCAUAUGUGUAUUUUGGCUAAAUAAAAGUUUGCAAUUGUGAGUGUGUGUAGCAAAAAAGAAAAGGAAAAUUUACAAAGGAAAGCGCCAGCUAGAAAAGCAUACGGUAAAUGCAGCGCCGCAGAAAUGUGCAGCAUAACGCUAAACGAAAUGGUCAAUGUGACGCAGCAGGACUUGCACGAUCUAUUAGAAGUUUUCGAAAAAAAAGCAUUCGAGGCGGUGGCCUUUGAAGAAGGCACAGCGGAGUAUGGCAUCUCCAAAAAAUGUGAAUUUCUGUUCAAGCUCGACUACAGCCUCAUUGAGCUGGACAACUCGAACGGACUGCUCAGCCCACGCUAUCCAGGACGCAUACUUAUACCCGAGUAUGAGCACGGCCAUAUGGCCAAGACACUAAUACCCAGCAAUGGCUCAUGCGGCACAGCGGCAUCGGCGACGCCACUGAACAGUAGCGUCGGCAGUAACGGCAGCAAUGGCAGCGCCGCUGGCGUUGGCAUACAAGCGUUUGUCACCUUUGCCAAUCCGCUGCAGACGGCGCAGCAGCAGCAGCAAACGUGCCAGCAGCAGACGCCGCAGCAAACAGCGCAGCCAGCGACGACGCAACAAAACACCAUCUAUGAGGAUCAAUACGAUAUACAGCGCAUGCGUGAGCUGGUCACAAUGGCGAAGUAUGCGCGCUGCAGGCAGCGCUUUGCCGUACCCGUGAUCAUGUAUCGCGGCAAGUAUAUUUGCCGAUCAGCGACGCUCUCGGUGAUGCCGGAGACAUACGGCCGUAAGGUGGUGGACUAUGCGUACGAUUGCCUCAGCGGUGGCAACUAUGCCAUGCCACCCAAUGGCGAGGAGAACGAUGCGGACAGCACGGAUGAGUCGCUCAUAAAUCAGAUCAACGAUCAAUCCCAAUCGCAGUUCAGCUAUGACGAGGUCAUCAAGAGCGAUAUACAGCUGCUCAAUGCGCUCAAUGUAUCCACCAUUGUGGAUCUCAUGGUGGAGAAUCGUAAAAUAAAAUACUUCAUGGCUGUUUCUUCCUCGGAGAAGGCCGAUCCAAACAAGCACUACAAGAGCUUCAAUCUAUUAUCGUUGCCGUAUCCCGGCUGUGAGUUUUUCAAAAAGUUCCGCGACAACAACUACAUGGCCAAGAAUCUGCAUUACAACUGGAAGCAGUCGUUCAACGAUGCUAAUAUUAAUAUACCCAAUUUGGGACCCGCCGCCGACAUCGACAUCAUCUGGCCAGAGUACCGUGAAUGGGAUUUAGUUUCCAUUACGCAGAAUUAUUUGCGUGCCACCCUCAAGUAUAUACAGGAGGAUAAUUCCGGAUUGCUCAUACACUGCAUCAGCGGCUGGGAUCGCACUCCACUGUUUGUGUCACUGGUGCGUCUAUCACUUUGGGCCGAUGGCCUCAUCCAUCAAUCGUUGAAUGCGCUCCAAAUGGCGUACUUUACGCUUGCCUAUGACUGGUACUUGUUUGGCCAUCAGCUGCCCGAUCGGCUCAAGCGUGGCGAGGAUAUUAUGUUCUUUUGCUUUCACGUACUCAAAUUUAUAACCGAUGAGGAGUUCAGCAUUGUGGAGCAUCGCAAGCGCACCAAGACUUCAAGCAGCAGCGGCAGCAGCGUUAUUGUCAUCAAGUCUGAUUGCUGCGACGAUGAGCCGCUCAAGGAAGAUUACAUACUGGCCUUUGAUCAAGAUAGCAACGAUAGCUACUCAAACUGUUCCAACUGUGAUAUGUCCAUAACAGAUAACUUUUAUGCUACAACAGCAGCAGCAGCAACAACAACACCAGCACCGACAGCAGCAAAUGCAACAACAACCGCAGCGCCCACUGUGCUUGUCAACCCGCUCACAAGUCGUUCACCUAAUCCCAAGCGCUCACGCACUAGCCCCAUAUCUGUGCCCGGCUCGAAUGCGCGUCAGCGUCAGGAGUCUACCUCAUCGAACGGCAGCUGGCAGGUGGUCACAGACACCGGCUCUAUAGACUCAAUGAUGAAUGGCAGCUAUAUGAUGCGUUUUGCGCCACACUUGCAGCAACAGCAGCAGCAACAGUUGCUGCUCAACGGCGACAACAUUCCCAUGUGCAAUGGCGGCAAUGGCUAUCAUUGCAGCACCAACAGUUUCAGUAACAGCAACAGCAGCAAUAGCAACAGCAAUGCCAGCAACAACACUCACGGUUUCCCCAAUGGUUCCUCCAAAGAUGCAGCCAAUCAUGCCACAAAGCAGUCCAUCAACUUACGCAAGCAACGUUUAAAUGCCGUGCGUGCGAUUUUUAUACAAGCAUAUGGAAAGACAAUUGGACUUAAAUUUAAGGAGGGCUCCUCAAUGAAUCUGACCACGUUUAUAGGCAAUUUGGCGGAUCAGCUAUUCUGAAUGCCAACUCUAUUGACUGUCUGCCUUGUUGAAAUUGACUUUGUUAGUUACGUUGUUAGUGCUGCGCUUUUUUUUAUUACCAUGGACUGUAUUUUGUAGGCAUGUGUUGCGUCAACUCUAUUGUUGUAUAAUAAUAAUAAUGAAACGAAACAUAACAAGUACAUGUUCCUUUCGCUACUGGCACCUGGAACGAACAUCCUAUAGACAAGCAUGCAUAGUACAACGUUCCCCAAGCCGCCUGCCCAGAAUUUGUUUCGGCAUAACUGUUUGUUUAAUGAUAAUUCGCUGAUUGUACAAUAGCUCUAAGUUAUAAUUUAUAGUAAUGUAUUUUUUAAAUAAACUUAUUGUGCAUUUGAUAUAAA